AUGCCCAGACGCACCCUCCGCCUCCUAGGCUACACCACCGCCGUCACUGGCAUAACCGGCUACAGCAUCCACCGAGGACUGAGCCAGCUGGAAGAAAAAUACCCAGAACUUCCCCCCGCAGCCGGCAGCAGAGCUCUCCGCACACCAGAACACCCAAAUACCCAGCGCUGCGCGUAUACCGACAUCUACGCAGCCCAAAUACCCCUACAAGCCCUCGAAGCACGCAUCCCAAGCGCCAAGACACCAACAAAAACAGAGCUCGAAUAUGCCUGGGCUCGAUCAUUGCUCGGGAGCAAGCUCCUACGAGCCGAGGGGUCUAUCCUCGGACUACUCACGAGCUUCCGCUUCACACCGUGCGAUACAGGCAGCUCAACAGACGGGUUCUCGCCGGAUAAAACCACCGGUGCGCCGCGCGUUCUGCUGAAUGGUUUAUUUCAAGUACGGCGCCUUCCCGCUACUGAGGCGGAUAGCAAUGGACUGCUGGUCUCAUCGGAAUUGCCCGACAAGCCCCGCGUGUUCUUUGAGAUGAUUGCGCGGUGGGGGUAUCCUUGGCGCUUGAUGUCGUGUAUGAAACAUGAGAUGAGUGUUUCUGAACCGUUCUGGAGGAAUAGUCAGGGGAUGUUUGUUGAGGUGCGGUUUGCAAGUGCGCAUGAUUAUGAGAUUGUGGAUGCAGAGGGUGAGCUUGGGAAACAGAAGAUUAUUCCGGAUUGGACUCUGAGGCUGCAUCGUGGGUAUGCUAGGUUAGUUCUUGAUUCUGCGGUUCGAGAGCUGCAACGGGAUGUUGAGAAAUAA